AUGCUCAAUAUUCUGCCCACCCCUCCUGCUGCCUGGCAAUGCUCCCGUCCAUCACUGCCUCAGGGGACCCGCGGCCACUUUGCCAUCAGAUUGUGGACAUCCCGUCACCACUGCUGUGAAGUUAGUCCUUGUUGCUGCUUUGAAUGGUUAUCUACUCAUCACUUUGAUCUGGCCCCCGAGGGACUUGAAGGUGGGAUAAUCUCGGGUCCUGCGGGAGGGGACUAUGACAGCAGUCGCCAUCUCCAGGAAGUUAAUUAUUUAGUCGGUCACCCUUCCCCCCACACGGGGCCAAACCAGAACAGCACAUGUCUGUGUUCCUCCUCCUCAUGUCAAGUGCGUUCUCUUAAACCUGUCUGUGAAGCUCUGAGGUCAGACAGUGGAGACCCCGGGGCUCAGUCCUUGGCUCCUCGUUCUUCUGUGUCCAACUCACACCCUCGGGGUCUCAUCCAGGCCCUGGAGUUUAAAUACCAACCCCCUGCCCAGGGCUCCUACGCGUAUGUCUUCAGCUCAGGCCUCUCCCUGCAGCCGCCCACUGCGUCUCCCCCAGGACGUCCAGUCCACGUCUUCAGCUCAUUGGGUCUGAAACUGAGCUGCUCAUCUCACUUGGCAGCAGCUUCAGUGUUGGCGAUCCCAUAUCCUCGACAGUGUCUUGUAUAUGCCCAAAUACAAGGUCUGUAUGAGCUGUUGGUGGCUCUGCCAGCCCAGCUGCAGCCACAUGUGGACAGCCAGGAAGACCUGACCUUCCUCUGGGAUGUGUUUGGUGAAAAAAGCCUGCAUUCACUAGUCAAGAUUCAUGAGAAACUUCACUACUACGAGAAGCAGAACCCCGUGCCCAUCCUCCAGGGCGCGGCAGCCUUGGCCGAUGAUCUGGCGGAGGAGCUUCAGAACAAGCCAUUAAACAGUGAGAUCAGAGAGCUGUUGAAGCUACUGUCAAAACCCAAUGUGAAGGCUUUGCUCUCUGUGCAUGACACUGUGGCUCAGAAGAAUUAUGAUCCUGUGUUGCCUCCUAUGCCUGAUGACAUUGACGAUGAGGAAGACUCAGUGAAAAUCAUCCGCCUGGUCAAAAACAGAGAACCGCUGGGAGCCACUAUUAAAAAGGAUGAGCAGACUGGGGCCAUCGUGGUGGCCAGGAUCAUGAGAGGAGGAGCUGCAGACAGAAGUGGUCUUAUUCAUGUUGGCGAUGAACUUAGGGAAGUGAAUGGGAUACCGGUUGAGGAUAAAAGGCCUGAGGAAAUAAUUCAGAUCUUGGCUCAGUCUCAGGGUGCAAUAACAUUUAAAAUUAUACCCAGCAUCAAAGAAGAGACACCAUCGAAGGAAGGCAAGAUGUUUAUCAAAGCCCUCUUUGACUAUGACCCUAAUGAGGAUAAAGCAAUUCCAUGUAAGGAAGCCGGGCUUUCUUUCAAAAAGGGAGAUAUUCUUCAGAUUAUGAGCCAAGAUGAUGCAACGUGGUGGCAAGCAAAGCAUGAAGGAGAUGCCAACCCCAGAGCAGGACUGAUUCCCUCUAAGCAUUUCCAGGAAAGGAGACUGGCUCUGAGACGACCAGAAAUAUUAGUCCAGCCCCUGAAAGUUUCCAGUAGGAAAUCAUCUGGUUUUAGAAGAAGUUUCCGUCUUAGUAGAAAAGAUAAGAAAACAAAUAAAUCCAUGUACGAGUGCAAGAGGAGUGACCAGUACGACACAGCCGAUGUGCCCACGUAUGAGGAAGUCACACCCUACCGACGGCAGACGAACGAGAAAUACAGACUCGUCGUCUUGGUUGGUCCUGUUGGAGUAGGUUUGAAUGAACUGAAACGAAAGCUGCUGAUCAGUGACACACAGCACUAUGGUGUCACAGUGCCCCAUACCACCAGACCAAGAAGAAGCCAGGAGAGUGAUGGUGUUGAAUAUAUUUUCAUUUCAAAGCAUUUGUUUGAGACAGAUGUACAAAAUAACAAGUUUAUUGAAUAUGGUGAAUAUAAAAACAACUAUUAUGGCACAAGUAUAGACUCAGUUCGGUCUGUCCUGGCUAAAAACAAAGUUUGUUUGUUGGAUGUUCAGCCUCAUACAGUGAAGCACUUAAGGACACUAGAAUUUAAGCCGUUUGUGAUAUUUAUAAAGCCUCCAUCAAUAGAGCGUUUGAGGGAAACAAGAAAAAAUGCAAAGAUUAUCUCAAGCAGAGACGACCAAGGUGCUGCAAAGCCCUUUACGGAAGACGACUUUCAAGAAAUGAUUAAAUCUGCCCAGAUAAUGGAGAGUCAGUAUGGUCAUCUUUUUGACAAAACUAUAGUAAAUGAUGAUCUUGCUGUGGCCUUCAAUGAGCUGAAAACAACUUUUGACAAAUUAGAGACAGAUACUCAUUGGGUUCCAGUGAGCUGGUUACAUUCAUAACUAUGGGAAGUUUUUAUCUUUUUUUUUUGUAGAGUGCAUGAUUAAAUCAGUUACCAUUUUGGUGGUAGGGUUUUUUUUAAAUCUAUAUCACUGUUAGAGAUGUGCAAUCUUGGUUAAAAUUGAAUGUUGGUUUUGUAUCUUUUUAUAGUCUUAUUUCAGACACAUGUUUGAGUAUAAAAAUGUGCACAGUACUGUAUUCUGAGCAGAGCUUUGAGCCGUCUGGCUGUCUUGAAUACAAAGCUCUACCUCCAAGAGGAGGUUGAACUUUUUAGAGAAAGUCUUAGCUAGAGUAUAUACAUGGGCGUCCAGUGCUUCUGCUGGUCUCAGACGUGGUCACUGCCUUUGCCAUUUGCAUGUUAGCCAUUGAAGAUGCUAAGUUUACAGCCUUAAGCAGCUCCAGACAAGACAGCUUAGGUGUACUUUGGGUGGAUCAUCAUAGAUGCACCUGGACCAGCAGUAAGGUGGAGUCCUCUCACUAUCCCAAAAGUGCAACAUUUUCUCUUACAUAGACACAUGUAGUCACAGUGUGUGCUCUCAAGAAUCUCUCUUUAAAGGAAUUACUGAAAAUCUGUCUUAACCAGUGGCCUUCAUGUUCUAGUUUGAGAAGGCUUUGUGAGUACAUAUCAGUGACUCAAUGAAUGUUUAAUAAGGGAACGUAGGCUUUGAAAAUUAUUAUAUAUGAAACUAAAAACCUUUCCUUGUUAGAAUGGUGAUUACAUACCCAAAAGCACUGAUUACAAAGGACAAUUUUAUUUAUAAAUUCUCAGACAUUUCUUUCUGGACUCACCAGAAAUUCUGGAGCCAGUUUUCUAACUUUGCAUUUUCCCAGUAGAUUACAAGAAUGAAUCCUAUUCUAAAUGUAGGUUUUACAUGUUACUGAUACAGUUAAAGAAAAUGUGACCAUUUUCUCCAAUAUGUGCAGUUGAUCACUAUAUUUAAAUUUCACUAUAAAUUGUAUUUUAGAAAACUGUUCAUGUAAUGUUAACUUAUUUCUUUGUCAUCAGAAUAUUUCUUUACAUUGACCAGAUACCAUCCUAAUCUUGCUGUUUUUAAAGAAGUUUAAGAAAGACUCUCAUAUUGUAAAUAUAUAGAUGGGAUCUCUCAUUUUUCUUUGAUACUACUGAUCUUCAGCGAGUAAAUUAUACAGCUCAAAAUACUAGAAAUGUGCAUAGUUGUAUAAGAGAAUAUGCAUCCCAUUCUUGCCUGCAGUAAGACCCUGCCAAUCAGAGCAUCAUCGUAUCUGUGACUUUUAAACAGAAAAAAAAAUAUUUUUGUUGAUUUCUAAAGAGAGUUUAGAUGUCCUGUUUAAAGAAAAAUAGUGUAGUGAAAUUUUAUAUAUUUAUGAAAUAUUUGAAAAGCAUAUUUUUUUAAUUAUCAAAUGAGGCUAUUCAUAAAACAAAUUGUAUGUAAAGAUGUCAUUAAUUUAAAAUAGUUUUUUAAAUCAGGGUCAACAUUCCAUGUAAAUAUUUUGACCUUUGUACUCAGACCCACAUGUGUGCUCUGUGCACAUCUGAUAGCAUGGCUCACCAGGUUUCUUCAUCCAUGUGAGAUUUCACGCCUGAUACACACUCGCAGCUGAAUAGUUAGAUAACCUAUGUUACCUGACAGCAUAAUCCAAACAGCAAAUUCUAAGUUAAUUAAGUAAACAGCAACCAAUUCAGCUUAAAAAGAGGUUUGGGGUUGCCAAGUCUAAUACUGAAGCCAUACUUCAUGGUUGUGUGGCUGGUCCAAGAAAGUACAAGUCUUCCUUGGAUGGUUUGGGUAAUAUUCUUUUUGAACACUGAUUGAAAUUUCCAGUAAGUUGACUUUCUAGGAAAUGAAUUAUAAUUUAGGUAGGCCGAACUCUUUGUUCAGAAAUAGAACAUGGUUUGUUUUUGUUUUUUGCCUCAAUUCUUUACUGUGGAGGUGGAGAUCAUGUGAUAAAAAUGGAGUCCCUUUUGGUGGUGGGGAUGGUGAUGGAGGUGUUAGAAAAGUAUAACUGUCCAAUCUCUCCCCCUUUUUACACUAGAGCUGAAAAGUAUUUUUUAAAAUAAUGGAAAAGGGGAAAUUCAGCAAUUUAAAAAACCUUUCCUCAAUAGUACACAUAUGUGGUCUUGCUAGUGACGUCUACAUAGCCACCUUGAUGCUUAGAAAGAGAUUCAGUUCUCUUUAAUUUAGUAAGGCUAGUAGCUCCAUGGGCUUGGGGGUAAAUGUUGCAAAGGGCCCUUGAUCCUGUAUUGGUGUACCCCUGGCUCCCUCUUGAGGGUGGAGAGACUGGUUCCUUAGGCAGCCUGCUCCCAAGACAAUGUCAGCCACUAUUUGAGAGAACAGGAAUAUUUAUUUUUUUAAGUCCAAAUAUUUAAUAUCCAAGAUUAAGAAGAUAAGUCUAUAUUCCCAUCAAUAACAAACUGGAAUCUUUUUUUUUUUAGGUGAAAUUGAAAUACCAUUUUUACCAUUAUUUUACUUACCAGUAUAGACAUUAUUGAUAUGUUUAAGGCUGACCUUCCUGGUAUCAUGUAAUGACUGAAUGUAUCUAAAUUGUAAUAAUUUAAAAUUGACAAGCAUAUAAAGCAAAACUAUGUUGUUGAAUGUUUCCUGAAGAUACAGAUUUUUAUUAUUUAUUUUCUUUUUGACUAGUAAGAGUUUAUAAAUAAAAGGAAUGGAAAACCUUUGAGCAUAAUAAAGUAUCUUCAAAUUA